AUGAUGCUUUCUAUGGUGUAUGUUUUCUCUUUGGUGGUUGCUGCUGUAUUGGCCGGCAUUCUUUUUAUGGUUCAUGUUGAUCUACAUAAAGAAAAUACUUGCCAUAUGACCUAUAUGUGGCGAUAUAUAAGUUUGGUGCCCGUUGAUGUUGAUGGAAACGUUGUGCCUAGUUACGGACUUUAUCGAUAUAUGGAAGGGUUUGUGAACGUAAAGACAAUGGCAAUUUCUCGCGACCAUAUUCCUGUACUAUUUGUUCCUGGGAGUGGAGGAACCGCCAAGCAGGUGCGCUCAAUUGCGUCGGUUAUGAUGAACAAGACUGAAAUGACAUCAGCGCCCUUUCGGAUGCACUUUUAUGCUGUUGACUUCAACGAGGAGUUAUCUUUUCUCAGUGGAUCGAUUUUAAAUCGACAGCGAAAUUUCGUCGUCAAAGCGAUUUCAACUAUACAAAAGCUGUAUUCUCGGAAGAUAGUUCUUAUUGGUCAUUCUUUGGGAGGAACUGUUAUAUAUGCUCUACCCGCUCACCCUCGAUAUGACAUUUCUAAGAUGGGACUUGUUAUCAUUUUAGCAUCUCCCAUCUCGGCUCCACCCAUUUUAAUGGACGAGGAAAUGAAUUCGUUCUACGACUCCAUGCAAAAAGCCUGGCAUUCGCGCCACGACGGCUUGCAACACGUUGGGUUGGUCUCCUACAGCGGCGGCUCGAAAGACUUUCAAAUACCUGAUCAUUUGGCGGCUAUCAAAGGGAACCGUCAAGCCGUUCACCGACCUUCGUGGUCGAUUCGAGGUGUGGAUACCCCAGUGGAUCAUCUAUGUAUUCUAUGGUGCAACCAGUUAACCAGACAUUCCACGAGAAUCCUCUAUAAUUAUGGCAUGGAAGAACUGUCCAAAUCUCAUCCCCGAUCUGCUAGUGCAGUUAUUAAGGACUUUUUCCAGGAAGAGAGUCGUUUAAACAUGAGUAAUGUUGACUCUUUAGCCGAUGUUGGAAAGAUAGGAAUUUUUGACUACCCCUGGGUGUCGAGGAUGUACAGAGGUACUAUGAAGAACUCAAAGAAGUUCUUCGAACUCGAAUUUACAUCACCAUAUAUGGUGUAUAGUGUAUCAUUAGCAUCAACUUGUGAUAUGACGAUGUUAUUUGUCUAUUCAAACUCAUGGGCGCGUUCUGGUGCUUCAGAAGGAAGUUCUAAAACCAUGAAGGUUGACCUACCUUAUGGGCUGAAUACAAGUGCAGGACACAUUGUUUUGGAGGGAAAAGCUGGUUGUGAGUUUGAUAUGACGGUGAGACCCGACGUAUUCUAUGCAUGUUACUUGCUGUUGAUUUCUAAUGUGAAUAUGUUGUUACACUUCACUUUCUCUGUGCUUGUAACUUUCACAGUUAUGGAGAAGUUGUUGGGUUCCAAAUGGAUUUGUCCAUUGAGCCGAGAUGGCUAUUAUGUUAAUGGAGUCAUCGUCCUUCUACUGUUUUUCAGCUUCACUUAUACCGUCUGGAUUCUAGAGUGCGUUCUUGCAGUAUCUAUCUUCUACUCACUUUCAUGCGCUUAUUUUGUUGCCAGUGUAGUGAGAUACGUUAGAGAUAAAAUAUAUUCAUCUAUUUCUUUGUGCCAGAAAUUGAACGAAAAAGUGUUGAAGUUGCUUAUUGUUGUUCUCCUGCCAAUUAAUACUCACAUUGCAAACUCUAGUAUAGCUUUGCUCAUUGCUUUGAACAAAUCGUCAGGACCAUUUUGCAUUCUGCUCAACAUAACCACUGGAAGCAUUGCUGCGGCUCUCGGACUGGCUGGACCGGUUCGUGAUAGAACGGUUCAUGUCACUAGGAAUCUAAUGGACAUCAGCUCCUUGAACAUGGGGUCUGGCUUGCACGUCUUGUGGAGCAACCUCGGUUCUUCCCAAGUCUUCACUAGGCUUACGUUUUUCUUCAUACUUUCGAGGGCUGCAACGUUUGUUCGUCUGCCACAGUACCUUGUCUCCAUAAAAGAUUUCUUUUUAGCUGUCCUUCUUGUUGUUCCAGGUUUCAUGGCUAGUCAAACAAAUCUGUCGCUUGAAACAUGCGCCAUAAUUGCAUCAUUCCUUCUUUACCUUGUUUCUCUUCUGUAG